AUGUCCUCUAGAGCGUUGAGGCGUCUUCAAAAGCUACAAACAGUAGAUAUUGUCGCGAAAACAACAGAAGAGAAAGAGGAAGAAAAAGUAGACGAGGACGACGAAGACGAUUUAAUUGUACAAAAGCCAGUGAAGCAAAUUAAUCCUUUUGUUUUGCUAAACGAUGAUGGCGAUGAUUCUGAUCUUGAAAAAGAAGAAGAAGGAGUAGAGGAUGAGCAACAAGUUGAAAAAAUUAAAGAAAAAGAAGAGGAGGGAAUACAACGGCUCGAGCCAAAUAUACAAAAGGCCCCUAACAAUAAGAAGAAGAACAAAUCGAAAAAAAAGAGAAAGAACAAUAAAAAGAGUAACAAUACUGAUAGCCAUAACAAUCAACAACAUUCUAGUAAGGAUGUUGAGGACAUGGAUAUGAAGGAAUUAGAAAAAGUCUUGGCUGAACUCGGCCAUAAGUCAUCCAAUAACUCCACCGAUGAUGUAUUCAACAACUUUGAUAACAGUCGUAACGAAAAAAGCCGACAACUAUUAUGUAUCAACUAUCGUUAUUUAGAUGCUGAGGCAGAAAUGAAACGUUUAUUUGGUUCUCACGUCGUGAAUCAAGAACGUCGCUCUGGUUCCAGUGGUCGAGUACUGAAGAAAUCCAAAUUCACAACGCCCAAAUCUGACUGGCCGCCUUACAAAAGAAACGGAUUAUCUAUGGAAGUUCUUUCUACAGGAGACCAACAACAAGUAGCCAAUAAUGGAACUACUCAUUAUGCCUUUAGACACUCAGAGCAAUACCAAGAUGUUCAGCUGGAAUUUCUUAACGCCAUUGCUACGCAUAGUCCUGAUGCUCUUCUAUUCGUCAUGCGUCGGUAUCCUUAUCAUGUUGAUACGCUUUUGCAAUUAUCUGAAAUUGCUAAGCAUAGUGGUGACUGGACAGCCGCUGGCGAAUUUAUCGAGCGUGGGCUUUACUCCUGUGAGCGUGCCUUGCAUCCCACUUUUUCACUCAGUAGUGGUACCGCUCGUCUCUCUUACAAGCGAUCUGAAAACCGUUCUUUCUUUUUAGCAGUGUUUCGCCAUAUUCAGUUCUUGACACGACGAGGAUGCUGGCGAACAGCUUUUGAAUUCAAUAAAAUGCUAUUUGCUUUGGACCCCAACGAAGAUCCCUUGGGUGCUUUGAUUUCGAUGGAUUACCAUGCUCUGUCAGCCCAUGAUUACGACUAUGUGAUUAGAAUGGUACAGCAUUGGAAGACGGAAGGCACAAUUUACCCAAAAGAGUUGGAGGAUAUGCCCAAUUUUGCUUAUUCAUUAGCUUUGGCCAGCUUCAAGAAUCUACAACAAAAAGGCGGAUCUAAGAAGAAUAGGGACAAUGACGAUGAAGACGAUCAUCCAGAUGACUUAUUGAAAUCGGCUAUUCAGAAAUAUCCCUUGAUCUAUUGUCAAUUAAUGGAGAAGUUGGGCGAGUCGCUACCUAGUGAAUAUGUCACUCUGCAGAACAGAAAACUCAAUGACUACAUGUCAGUUGUCCAACUCAAUUAUGUUGAGCGAUGUUAUGAAUUGUGGAAAGAGCCUGAAGUUCUCGAAUGGCUUACAGGCAUUACUAAGAAGAGUCCUAUUCUCCAAGAAAGCGUAGAUAAGAAUCAUUACCAAACUACUCUUCAGUGCGAAUCCUCCGAUACGCUACCCCUUAAUAUUUGUCGUUAUAUGGUCAUGAUGGAUAUCAAACCUCUGCUAUCUUAUUUACCUGCUUCAGUUACAAGCCAAAGUUAUCACAUGUUUGAUCCUCUACCUCCCUCAGAUUCUACCACCAUGUAUGAUAUAAAUGAGCGCAUGCGUAGCACUAACGAAAACAGUAUUCCCAGUUUAGCUAACCUACCUACGACAGCAAGAGGAUUGCAGGAUAUGAUUAUGAAUUUGGUACGUCGUAUAACAGAUCAAGGACGUGUGGCGUUGAAUGAAGGCGAUCAGGAAAGAGUCGACGCAAUGUUGGGAGAAUUAAGAAGAUUACAUGACAAUCAAGUGCCUGGUGCAUUUCCUGCCAGCGGGAAUACUGAGGACGAGGAGAGUAAUAACGAAGCAGACGAUAGGUUAGGCGAUGAAGAAGGCUUUGAAGACGAAGAUUUUCCAGAGCUUGAAGAAGAUGGAGAUCAAUUGUAUGAUAUAGACGAAGAGGAUUUGGAAGUGCAAAGAGCAUUGGCAGAGCAAUUCGAAAGAAAUAACACUAGAAAUCAGGAUCGUCAGUAA